UGGAGAACUGAUAGGACGGAUAGUACACUUCUCUAACAUCACCCCAACAGAUCGAAAUAGGAUGUGAAUUCUCCAAGAUGAAUAAAGGAUUUCGUAUCGUCCCUAUCGACUACCCCGAGGCGGCCAAUGGGCGGAGGGUGGAGUACUGCCGGUCCACUCUGGCCAGGCUGACAGGGCGGGAGGUGGAAUUCUCUCGUACCAUCAACACUUACAGGAAUGAGAUGGACAGAAAGAUACACACACUUGACAAGGACAAGCGAAAAUUGAAGCAAUCCAUGGUCGACUAUUCGAAACGUAUGCAGGAGAUACGCGACGAGAGGUGCAGACGCCUGAGAGGUGAUGUGGGAAUGAGGGAAAACGAUCUUCCAAAGUUCAUCUCCGAACCCAAGACAGCAGACGAUCGCGUGAAAGAAUUCUUGUCGAAUCUCAAAAUAAGUAAUCACGUCAACGAAAGACUGAACUCCACAGCUCACUAUGGCGUUAUUAGAUUGGCAGACGUCAAGGGGAAGACACGUGAUCACGGGGCUGAGGGAUCAUUGCCGCCAAUUUCCAACGCAGCGUCUAGGUUUCCCCGGCUCACAGCGAUGUCGCCGGUUUCAGACGAUGGCGCUCAUUCAAUUGACUCUGUCUCCUCUGAAGGCAGCGAGAAAUACAGGGCAAAGUUCAGCCGUAAAAUGAGCGAUAGUAUCUUUACGAUUGAGAAGAUGAGCGACGGAACAAAUCGCCUGGUCUCCUACAGAGGAACCAAGCCAUAUUUCGCCGCAAUGCGCGGUAAAAGUGUCAAAGUUUUUGAAGGAAAGACGAACAAUAAGAAAGUAUCUAAUGUAUCUGAAACACAACCAGAAAAUGAACAGUUCGAGUCUGCCGCAGCCGCAGCCCAUGUGAAUGAAUCGGAUGACAAUGUCCCGAAUCUAAAUGAGCAGACGACCAGAUCGUCCCGGGUGCGACGGCUUGGCCGCAUGGAGGCCGACGCAAGUUCAAAAGAUUUGAUCCAACACGAUAUUAUCCAGGAGGAUGACCAACCUGAUACGCAAACCAGGAUUCGGAGGAUUUCGAUAGCAGCUGGAAAUCAGUCACGUCGUCGUAGUGUCGCUAAACGCGUCAGCGAUGUGAGCAAAGACAGGAAGAUUCCUGGCUCAAGUCAGACAGGGACAGGAGAGAGAAAUACCUCUCAAUUUUUGCCUCAUACAAAAGACGUUAUGAAGGAGGCGUCUGCUCCUUCGUCAUAUCUCGACUUACUAAAAUUAAGACACUGUGGGACCAGAAAACUUUUGAGAGCCUUCGACAGUAUGUUGUCACAGCCUAAGCGCAGGAGGAAACUCCGGAAUGGCACGAGACGCCGUCACUUUCUCCCUGACUUGAAAGGGGCACCUAAGGUGACAAUUUUAGGUGAUAGCAAUAAGUCUGAGGAACAGGAUACAUUAGGUAGGCUUCCUGAUAUUGAUAAACUUGCUAAAACAAUUGCAGGUUCGAGAGAAAGGAAGACAAAUUGGCAGAACUCUGUUUCAAGUGUUCGCUUGUGUAAGGAGAUGACUACUUCAUGAACCAUCUUUGGACAGCAUGAUUUGCAAAUCCAUUACUUCAAGUUAAGAUCCCGUACUUUCGUACUUUUCGAAUCUCAUGGCGAACG